CUGUGAGUAACAUAUGACUGCAACGGGCUGGAGUGUAAACUUGCUGGAUUAGCUAAUUGGAAAGACCUGCCCUAUCAGACAUACCCAGCCCUUCCUCAUGAUAUAUAUAAGUCCAGUUAAGAAGGAAAGAGAAUAUGUCUUGACAGGAGCUAAUGCUGUUAAGUACUCUGCAUCUACGUUUUGCAGUUUUUUUCAUCAGAGGACAGAAAUGGUCUGUUCAGGCACACUCUUUUCUGUUGUGCUGCUGGCAUGUUUUCUCCCGUUCUGUUCCGGACAAGCAAGCUGCACAAAUCGAUGUGGAGAAACGUAUUUUAGGGGCCAUGUCUGCCAUUGCGAUUAUGAUUGUCUAAUUCACGAUGAAUGCUGCAAGGAUUAUGAACGGACAUGCACCACAAGUGACUCAUGUAAAGGACGUUGUGGUGAGACCUUCAAGAGAGGCAGGCAGUGUAACUGUGAUCCUGAAUGCACUCGGUACAACCAGUGCUGUCCUGAUUAUGAAGCACACUGUGGAAAAGUGACGACCACAAGAGCACCAGCUACAACAAUUCCAACAUAUAAGAACCCAAAGAAGGACAAGCCAACAGAACCUCCAAAGAAAAUACCUACAGAGAAGCCAGCAAUGAAGGGUCCAGUACACACCAAGGGGCCCCAGCCUGAGGAGACCGACAGCAGAGAUCAAGAUUUCUCUGUGGAUGGGUUUAUUAUGACCACCCACUUUCCGCCAGCAAACCAGCAGGAACUCCAAGAGCAAGGAGAUGAGGCCAUAGAUAAUGUGACACCUGAAGUCCUUGGGCAACUUGCUGAAGUUUACAGUUCUGGGCCCACAAUCAGCCUGGACAACAUGAGUGGGAAUGAACCCUUACAGACUGACCUGCCCGAAGAUGCGUCACCCCAGGAAAGCAUAAGCCCAAGCUUCAACACUCCAGCCAGUGAGACAGAAGAAGAAGUUAUGGAGCAGAUGGAAAUACCUCUUUUAAGAAAUCAGAGCUUCAACGACACUGGCAAUGGUCAGGUCUCAGCUGUCUUUUCAGCCAGUGGAUCUCCCACUCAGAUAUCAGCGACUACUCCAAAUAGAUUCUAUAGUCAUGAUCUUCAAGAACAAGGUGUUGCUGAGCCAGCAAACUCUGAUAUAAAAUUAACUGCUGAGGGUGAAGCUUCCUCCCUUAAUUCAAAGCCCACAGGACAGACACCCCAGGGAUUAGAAGAAGUAACUCCUCUUUCUCAGGAAGACUCCCCAAGCUCCACAAAGUCUACCAUGCAAGACCUCCCAUCUUCAAAGCCCUCCAAAGAGGGAGUAGCUUCAGAAAAUCAAAUUUCAGAGAAGCUUCAUGUACCUGAAGCUCCUCUGACCACUGCAGUUACAGACAAGCCAAAAGCCAAGUGUACUGGAGAAAGAACACCAUCACCUCGCUUGGCUUCAAACAAUUCAGCUCUUACAGAUUCCCCAGAGUCCAUGUCUACAGACCACAGCAAAUGGUCCCCCACUCCUGACCAGUCCUCAGCACUUGGAGGCCCCUCCCCUAGCACAGUGCUAAAUGGAGCCAAGGAUGAUGUCUGUGACACUUCCAGUGAUACCUCCCCAACUGUAGCCACUGGAAAAGAGGUGCUCUCUCCCAGGACAGACGCUUAUGCAAUGUUUGAGGCUGGUGAUAUCACCAGCACUGCUUUCCCACAGCCCACAACACCGGGCCUGGUCCCUGAACCUACAGUCAUGGCUCCUCAGGAUAAAGCAGAAUCACGGAUGCCACUGUCUAGGGUCACCACUACAGCCCCCAUAUCCAAGCCUGUUCAACCGGUACAAACAGAUGAUACCAAUGCCAUGUCAACAGCCAACCCCCCUGAAUACCUUGCAGAUGAUAACAACGACACCAACCUCUGCAGUGGCCGACCCAUCAAUGGGCUGACAACUCUACGUAAUGGAACAAUAGUUGUUUUUCGAGGUCACUACUUCUGGAUGCUAGAUGCCAACAGGGUACCAGGUCCUGCACGUGGCAUCACAGAAGUAUGGGGCAUCCCCUCACCCAUAGAUACUGUCUUUACUCGCUGCAAUUGCCAGCACAAGACGUACUUCUUCAAGGGUUAUAGGUACUGGAGGUUUGAAAAUGACGUGAUGGAUCCUGGUUACCCCAAAACCAUCUCAGAUGGCUUCAGCAGACUGUCUGGAAGAAUCACUGCUGCCCUGUCGGUACCCCAAAACUCCAGGAGGCCCGAAUCGGUGUUCUUCUUCAAAAGAGGUGGGCUCAUGCAAAGAUAUUCGUACCAGCAUGGGACCAGCCCAAACUGUGGCAAGAAAACAAAAUACAUGGUCGUCACUGCGAGGAACAGAAAAGCCAGACAAGCAGAAGAUGGUCUCCAUAAAGAAAUAAAAAUCACAUGGAAGGGGUUCCCUUCCUUUGUGACAUCUGCCAUUUCCAUACCCACUCCGAUGAUGACAGAAGGAUAUGACUAUUAUGUCUUUUCAAGGACCAAAUACUACAACAUCAAGAUUGACGGAGACACACCGGCCUUGGCUUCUCCGGUGACUGCAGCCUCCCAGCAGAACUCCGCUAAGAGCUUUUUCAAGUGCCCUUAGCCAAAAUAUGACUGGACACACUUAAAAGGUUUCCAAAAUUUAUUCAUAAAAACACUGAAGGGAUUACUCAAACACAUCUAAGUACAAACACAAAAACAAAGCAAAAGCACAAAUUAUUUGGAUUCCCAUACAUCAGGAGCUCUAUUGGGAGUCUUGGAACACAGCACUGCUGCGAUACAUAUUUGAUACUUCAUCGGGCAAAUCGGCCUCUUACUCCCAUCACACCUGCAAAAUGAAGACACUGAUGUAAUACAAAUCUUAAGUUUUAAAACAUCCCUUCCUCAUAAAAUAUUAGAUCAGGACAAUAUUUUACUAAUCCCUACAGGGAAAUUCUCAAAAAAAUAUUAGAAGUAUUUCUGACAUUGACACAUUACUUGUUUGUGUAGCUUUGGGACAAUUUCUAUUCUUUGAAGUGCCAUGUUUUGAAUAAAUGAACUCUGAGCUUGAGGCAAGCAGCCUGCCUCACCUCUUCGGA